AUGUUGCUGGCUGAAUUCAGAAUAAAAACAGAGAAAAUCAGUCCUCGAUGGGUUACAUACCGACCUUACAAAGAUAUCGUCCUGGAGCAGCUUGAGCGAGAUCUGAGCGCCAUUAAUUGGAGGGGUCUUGAUCUCAACUGUCUCGAUAACGUUGACGAGCUUGUGGAAGCUUUCACACAAUGCGUCAUGGGACUUAUGAACUUACAUGCCCCAAUAAGGACACGUAAAUUUAAGCACCCCCCGCAUCCUUGGAUAACUGAUACCAUCAAGGAGAUGAUUCGUAUUCGAGACAAUUACCACAAAAAGUACCUAAAGCAGAAAACCUCAGUCCUCAGAAACAGUUAUAAAACUAUGAAGUGCCUUGUCUUGAAUGCAAUUGAACGUGAGAAGACCUUCUUGUUUACAAAACAAAUAAAUAAUAAUUUGAACAGCCCCAAAACCCUGUGGAAGAACCUAAAAAGUACAAUUCUGGCAAAUAAGAAGAACAUUGCGGACCUCCCUUCAUCGCUCAAUGACCCAGAUCUAAUCAACACGCAGUUCCUGAAUGUACCAGGCGAGGACAAUGUUACAAUCUCACAACUUACUUUUUAUGAGCACCAUAGGCAUGAAAACUCUGCUACGUUUUCACUGCACACUGUUAAUGAAGACUUAGUCCUCAAGACCAUAAAGGACCUGAGAUCAAAUGCACAAGGGAACGAUGGUCUGUCUUUGGACAUGCUUUUGCUCACAUUGCCUUACUCGCUGGGGGCCAUUACUGCGAUAGUUAACCGGUCAAUACUCGACAGUGUAUUUCCAGAGAACUGGAAGGUUGCAAUUGUGAGACCGUUACCUAAGACGAGUCAGCCUGGUACAGUUCAGGAACUUCGUCCUAUAAGCAUCCUGCCAUGCCUGUCUAAGAUAUUGGAAAGAAUAGUGUGCAGCCAACUUACUGACUAUCUCGAAGCACAGAACAUCCUCCCACAAUAUCAGUCUGGCUUCCGGAAAUGGCAUGGUACGGCAACUGCUCUAGCAGACGUGGUCGACAAUUUGUUGGCUGCUCAGGAUAGGGGGAUGCUAACGAUUCUUACACUGCUGGAUUUUUCUCGAGCCUUCGACUCAAUCAAUUCAUCCCUGCUGCUAUCUAAACUGAGAUAUUAUGGCCUUGACAGUAAUUCAGUGAAAUGGUUCCACAGCUAUCUGACACGACGACUGCAAUAUGUAGAGCUAAAGCAGAUGGAUGGUACUUCACUGAGGUCACAACCACAAAUCGUUACUCGCGGAGUUCCUCAAGGGUCAAUAUUAGGGCCAGUCUUGUACAUCCUUUACAGUGCCGAUAUUAUUAACACCAUUGCAAAUUGUCGGCAUCAUCUGUACGCUGAUGACCUGCAAGUGUACCUCUCUUUUGCACCGGCUGAUUGUACCAGUGCUGUAGCGGGGGUGAACGAGGACCUGGACAGCAGCUCUGCCUGGUGCAGUUCAAACUGUUUGUCAAUUAACCCCAAAAAGUCGCAAUUCAUGAUCAUAGGUGGUGAUGAUGAUGAUAAUAAUGCAUUGGAGGCUACAAUAUCUUUUCUGGCAGUUUCUAUAGAUUCUUGA